AUCCACUAAUACUGGCGCCCUGAUAGAAAAUCUCUCAGCUUUAAGUUCAGGUCGUCCGUAAGCGUAUCCUAUAGAAGGCCAUCAUCGCACGGCCCAUUCGCUUCGCACCUCCUCCCUCCACUCCCGCGCCGUAAGACGCGGUGCGCGCGAUCCCACACGGCACGUGUCCUGGGCGUCCGCAUGCGGGACUUCCCCGUCCGAGACGCUGCGGCCGCACGGCGCCCGGGUCUCGGGGGACUCUUAACGAGAGAGAGAGAAAGAAGAGCGAGAAGAGAGAGAGAAGGGGACGGUAGAGAGGUGAGAAAAACGGGCAAGAGAGAAAGGCGGAGCGAGGGAAGCGCGGGGGCGAGAGAGACGAGUGAGGGAAAAGAAAAGGAAAAAAGAAAACAAAGAAAUUCGUAGGGGGUCGUAGACGGCCUUUCUUGCCGAGAGAAUUCGGUUUCUCGCGCGUAACCCCGACGUCUUGAUCACCACAUUGCCUCUCUAAUGGUGGAAUCCGCGUAGGUGGAUGGUGCCGCAGCCCCGGAAGCGAUCAAGGUUGGCGGCGGAGCUCCUCGGACGAUCGUUGGUGCCCCAGAGAUGGCCUCAUCCAAUCUAACUGAAUAUGCAACGCAAUGCAAAAUAUGUCAUGGCGAUGGGGACCCGAACAUCCGGACCACAAGGACCUCCGACAAUCCUGAUAAACAAUCAAAUAAAUGUCCUAAUUGCCAGAUUUUUAAAAGUGGGCCACUAUUCAUAUCAUCUAAAGGAAUAGGUUGGACAUCAUGGAAGAAACGCUGGUUUGUUCUUACACGUACAUCAUUGGUUUUCUUUAGAAGUGACCCUAAUUCUCUCCCUCAGAAAGGAAAUGAAGCGAAUCUUACCCUUGGGGGUAUCGACCUAAACAAUUCUGGAAGUGUUGUUGUGAAAGCAGAUAAAAAGCUUCUGACAGUGCUUUUUCCUGAUGGCCGUGAUGGGCGAACUUUUACGCUAAAGGCAGAAACUUCGGAGGAUUUAUAUGAAUGGAAAUCUGCAUUGGAGAAUGCUUUGGCAUUGGCACCUAGUGCAUGUGCAAUGGGGCAGAAUGGAAUCUUCUGCAAUGAUAUUACUGACUCAAAUGAAGCUGCAGGGGAACAAGUGAAAGAUAAGGAACCUGAACCAGUGAAAUCCACAGUAAUUGGUAGGCCAAUUUUGCUUGCACUUGAAGAUAUUGAUGGGAGCCCAUCUUUCUUGGAGAAAGCCCUCAGAUUCAUUGAAGAAUAUGGGAUCAAAGUGGAAGGUAUCUUGAGGCAGUCUGCAGACGUUGAAGAGGUAAAAUGCAGAGUUAAAGAAUACGAACACGGAAAAAAUGAGUUCUUUUCGGAUGAGGAUGCACAUGUUAUUGGUGAUUGUAUCAAGUAUGUGCUUCGGGAGUUGCCAUCUUCUCCAGUUCCUGCAUCUUGUUGUACCGCAUUGGUGGAUGCAUACAGAACUGAUCGAGGAGAGAGAAUGGAUGCUAUGCGAGCUACAAUAUAUGAAACUUUCCCCGAGCCUAAUCGUCGUCUGGUGCAGAGGAUUCUAAAGAUGAUGCGAAAAGUAGCCUAUCAUAGAUCUGAAAAUAGGAUGUCUCUAUCAGCUUUAGCAGCUUGCAUGGCACCCUUACUUCUGCGCCCGCUUCUGGCUGGUGAUUGUGAAUUCGAGGAUGAUUUUACGAUGGGUGGGGAUGGUUCUAUUCAGCUUCUGCAGGCUGCUGCAGCUGCUAACCAUGCUCAAGCUAUUGUUAUAAUUCUACUGGAGGAGUAUGAAAACAUAUUUGAUGAGGAUCUUUUGGAGGAGGGCUCCUUUUCUUCCGAGCUUUAUUCUGAAUCUGAAGAUGGUGAUGUUGAAUAUGAUGAGUCAACUGAUCAAGACAUCCCAGAAGAUGACACAUAUCAUGAUGGACAUAAUGGCCUUGAAACAGAUAUAGAUGAUGAUCCUGAACGUUUGUCUGGUGGGACACUUAGUGAAAGAAGCAGUUAUGAUGAAAGUGAUCCAUAUGAUGAUAAGGCUACUGAAGAUGAAGAUACAGAUGGUCCAUCUCCGAGGGAUGAUGAGCCCUCAAACACAAAGCGUACUCCUUCGUUGAAACAGGAUCACGAUCAGAAAUCAUCAUCAACACCUGAGGAUGUUGGUGCACAGAAGAAUGAAACUUUGCAGCAUGAAAAUAUUAAUUCCUCUGCUGCACCUAGCUGCGAGCCCAACAAAUCCAUUGGGGAUGUUCCUUCUUCGACAGAACCAAUGUUCAAGUCAGUUAGUCACAUUGGAACCUCAAGUGUUGAAAAAGCCACAGACAAAUUGAAUGAACCAGUGCGCGGUCGUAAACCUUGUACUGUAUGGGGACGUACCUCUGCAAGAAAGAACCUCUCGAUGGAGUCAAUUGACUACUCCAGUGAUGAUGAGAUUGCUAUUCAAAGGCUUGAGAGUACUAAGAGUGAUCUUCAAACUAAAAUUGCAAAGGAGGUAAAAGGAAAUGCAGUUCUGCAGGCAAGUCUGGAAAGACGAAAGGAAGCUUUGCGUGAGCGCCGUUUAGCUCUUGAGCAAGAUGUAGAAAGAUUACAAGAGCAGUUGCAAAAGGAGAGAGAUCUGAGGGCAUCCUUGGAGUCUGGACUGAUGAACAUGAGACCUGGGAAUAUACCAUAUACAUCUGCUAUGGAUAGUAGGACCAGGGCAGAUCUCGAAGAAGUCGCUUUUGCUGAAGCAGAUAUCAUUAACUUGAAGCAGAAAGUUGCUGAUCUUCAUGGGCAGCUUAAUAAUCAGCUGCAAAAAGGCAAUGUUUCCUUGUGUGAAUCAUGCAGUAAGCUUCUGUAUACUACAGAUGAAACAGAAGGGAAAGAUCAGGCGGCAAACAUUGAGAGUACCACUCUAGCGCAUCCACAUAAAAUGUUAUCGAAACAUAAUAAGCAGGAUGUUUCUUCUGGAGCAGCCUGUGAAGAAAAGCUGACAGCAACACAAGACUUGCUGUCUUCACCAAAUAUGAACCCUUCUUACAUCCAAAACCCAGAGAGAGCUAGUCAGGACGAAACCAUAUCUUCAGGGUCCGGCAGCUGUUCAUGGGAGGAGAGACCAACUCUUGGGACACUUGCCCCAUUGAAAAGGUUUACUUCUAAAGAUGAGAACUCAGUCUCACUGGUGGACCGCAACGCUGUAAAGGUACAGACACUGGAUUCACCUUCUUUGCCAAGCAACAAAUUGUCUCCAGGUCGCAGCACUAUUUCUUGUACUCAGGAUCCAACAUCAAUUGUCUGCAAUACUUUACUCAAGUCCACGUCAAGGGGGGAGAAUUCCAUGCUUGCAGCACAUGGUGAAAACAUGAAAAGUCUGAGACGAGAUACAGUAUCUACCUCAGAUAGACAGCCUUCCCAGAAGCAACAGGCAAAUACAUCAAAUGUGAGUUCCAUGCUUGCAGCAGAUGGUGAAAAUGUGAGAAGCGUGAGACGAGAUUUGGUAUCUACCUCAGAUAGGCAGCCUUCCCAGAAGCAACAGAUGAAUAGGUCAAAUGUAAACUCUUCGAUAUCUUCAGGAUCUACUAACAUUCCAUCGACUGAAGUGUCAACUGCAGCUGGAUGCCGUGCUACUUCAAAAAAGUCCUUUCCAUGGGGUGAUAACGUGAAGAAGGAAACAGAGGAUUCACCAUCUUUACCUAAUAGGCAGCUCUCCCAGAAGCAACAGCCGAAUGUUGCAAUUUCAAACAGUUCAAGUUCUCUAAAGGCUGAUAAUGUUUCAUCUUCUGAAGAUUUAGCAGCAGUUGGCCGCACUGCAUCAUCAAAGAAGUCAUCUUCCAGGCCUGAGGAAACCACCUCUUCAUCAUAUGCACUGCUGAAGCUGACAAACCGACUCAACUUUUUGAAGGAACGGCGGGCCCAACUUGUAAAUGAGCUACAAAACAUGGACAUAAAUCACUCUUUGAAUCCAGCAGGCUCUCCUCCAGGAACCAAUUCCAGAUGACGUAGAACCUCCUCAAAGAGGCUUAGCUUUACUAGAUGCCUGUCCAUGGAGCUGAAAACAUUGUUGUGGCAGUCUUAUGCUGGUAUUUUGGCAGAGUUGUUUCAUGAUGUCUGGCAUCUGGAGAUAUUAAUGCUCUUAUACAUGAGUGGCCAUGUUGAAGACUCAAAGAUGAUUAGUGUUAUGACAUUCGUGUAAAUUUGAACUCCUAAUGUGCUCCGCUUCCAGAAAAGUCACAAAUAGAUGUUAGGGAAAUGUUUGAAGUAUCAGUACGUGGAGUCUUGAGAUGAUUUCAGUCUGUGAAUAUGUGGGCACCUUGUAUCUUAUACAUAGGCACUGCCAUGACUUUUCAAAAUCAGCCAUUCAUAAUUUGGAUAAGAUGUUUUGGAACCCAUACGUCAUGGUUUUAUCUC